UGCAAACUUUCUGCCUGGGAUGGCUUUGAAUGGCAAUCCUCCUGAUCUCAGCAUCCCAAGUAGCUAGGAUUAUAGGGGUGAGUCACUAGUGCCUGGCUCACUGGUACUUCAUGAAAUGGUUGCUGCAGUGAUGCACCAUAGAAAAGUGAGGGGAAAGGAGUGUGCAGGCUGCCAGGGAGCUGAGACUUUCCACAGAGUACUAACAUGACCAUUUCCCCUGAACCUGACUUAACUAUUUACCUGGGACAAGAAGAGGAGAUGCACUGAGUAUGUUUCAGGUUUGGUUUAAAAUAUGUGAAAUAUGCCAGGCAUGGUGGUAUACCCUGUAAUCUGAGCAGUCAGUAGGCUGAGGCAAGAGGAUCACAAGUUCAAGGCCAGCAAAACUCUGUCUCAAACAAAAGCGCCAAAGCCCGUGAGAACCUAUUGAGGCAGUGCAGGUAUGGAGGGCAGGGAUGAAGGGCCAGGUCACAUGAAAAUGCUAACUAACCUCAACAUGUUCUUUAUUCCUCCCUUUUUCAAAAAAAAAAAAGCCAUAGUGAACUCCCUGUGGCCUUCAGAGUAAAGACCACGCUCCUAGUUGAAUCUUUUUUUUUUUUUCUUUUGGCAGUUCUGGGGUUUGAACUCAGGGUCUCACGCUUGCUAGGCAGGCACUGUUGCUGCUUGAGCCACUCUACCAGCAUAAAGACCACACUCCUUAAGCUGGCCUGUGCCUUCUGGAUCCGUAGGGCUGGAGGGACCGGAAACCUGAGGAUGCUCCGAGGCAGGAGGCAGCAGAGGCACCUGCUCUUUCGUUGUGCUGCUGGCUUAUUCCUUCUUUACCUAUCUCUGUUAACAGACGGUUGAGCUACAGGCCUCCACAUAUGUGCUUUUUGCCUCUAAACACUUGUUCAUGCAUGCUCCUCUGCCUAUGCUUUUCCCUUUUUCCUUCUUCAACCAAACUCUACUUCCACUACAAACUCUUCCUUCAGUUUCUUCUUUUUCCCUGAUCCAAAAGUUAUCUGUAGUUCUCCACAACAUUCCUUUGACCCUUAUCUUCUCCUCUCUUGCCACCUUGUCAUUUAUUUGUGCUUGCUAUUCUUGUCUGUGUAUCUGGCUUUUUUUCCCUAUCAGCUAAAGAUUCCUGAGGACAUAACUGUGCCUUCUACAUUCCUUAACCAUUACAGCCACACCUGGAGCCUGUCCUGGACAUCCGGGGACUUUGUGGACCACAAACUCUAGGUGUGAGGCGGUAGUUUGGGCCCAAGAGCCUCAGGAGCUCCAAAUCCUGGUAGCAAUUGAGUAACACACAGAAGCUGGGUGGACAUGCUGCAAUGGCUUAAUGAGGCUGUGCCUGAGAGUAGGUUGUGAUGGCAGAGGAAACCAUGGAGCUGUGGUCCUCAGUGUGAUACCCAGAACAGUAGCAUCAUGUCCCUUGGGAGUGUAUUAGAAAUGCAGACCCUUGGCCCAGUCCAAACCUACUGAAUCAGGAACUCUGUGAGUGGAUCCUAGCAUUCCAUGGUCUAAGAUGUUUUCCAGGUGAUUCUGAUCCAUAGGAAACUUUAAAAAGCACUGCCAAGGAGAUAGGGACCUGGCUUAAGAUGAGAAACCAGCUGGUGCAGUGGGCAGCACAAGGGCUGUGCUCCUGGUUUCAUGACUCUGCUCUGAACAAGCAGUCAAGUGUGCUUAGUGAGACCACCUCUUAGAGUUGCUCUCCUCCCAUGAGGAUCAGCAGUGGUCUCUAAACUUUCAUGUGCAUAGACAUCAACUGGGUGCUGUUGAAAAUUCAUUUCAGAAAAUAUGAUUCUGUAGGCUGGGUAAGGCCCAGGAAUCUGUAUUUCAAAAUAAGCUCCCAGGUGGUGCUGAUGUGGAUGGUUCAAGAAUCAUUCUGAUAGUCUUGAUAUAAAGGACUUUGUGUGGUGUCUUUCACAUGCUAGAUACUGUUAAUGGUAGCUGCAGCUAUCUUUGCAGUGAGAACACAGAAGGGGACAUAAACAGUGACGUUAGGACCAGUGGGAUGUACUGAUCUGGGGCGGAGGCGGGGGGCGGAAAUAGUUCCCUGAUUUGUGGGCUCCCUCUCUCCGGUGUUUUCAUUAGCUGGGGUUGAAAAGAUAGAUAUCGGCCUAGGGUCAUCAUGGGGGCAGGGGACAAGUGUGAAUGGGACAUCUGUGCCCCACUUCUUGGUUAAUAUAACUGUGUCUCGCACAGUGAAAGCUGGGCUUAUGGAUGGAGCAGGGCUGGAAUGUUAGGGACUAGCUACAGUGGUGGUUUGGGGGCCAGUAGACCCUGGUAUAAGGCACCAGGAGCUUCAGUCAGCCUACUUGGUCACAGUUUUGGGGUAUGGUAGGUCAGGGGCCGCUACCUUGUCUCAAAGAGGCCUAGUCCUCCCCAUCUGCAGUCUGAGCCUCCUGCCUGGGCUGACAGUUUCUCUGUUCAAGGGGGCUGGAGCAACUGGGCUUCAUCUAUGACUUGAUCUCCCCAGGGUGCUAUUCCCCCAGCCGCCACAAGGGUUCUCUGAGGCACCUGCAGACCUUGCCAAUCCAGCAUAAAUCUCUGCCCCACCCUCCAGUCCCUGGGUCCAGGAGCAACCUCAGCACUGUCCAGCCUGGAGGUGACCCUGGAGAAGAACGCCAGGCUCCAUAGAGGAAGAGGGGUCCCCUCCUCCGGGGGAGGUUCCUUAGCAUCAGCUGGGGCCUCCAGCAGCAAGCACUUCCCCACCCCUCCCUCAAGUCAGUGGCCCUGAAGCAGGGGCCCUUCUCUGCCUGACCCCCACCCCCUUUCUUACUGGCAGUACUGGGAAACACAGGUCAUAGCUUGGGAAUGUGGCCCUGGGUGGAGUGAAGGGAUAGCAGGAGGGAGGACAUGUGGCCCCUGCUUAACACCUUGUUGCUUGCUAUUUCCAAGCCCUUUCCCCAACCCAAAUACAAACAAGUGCUAGUUAGGAGGGAUGUUGGUGAUGAAGCAGCCCCAUGGGCUGAUAGGUGAAGGGCAAAUUGCUAGCAGGUGCCUAGCAGAGCCCGUGGGAGGGUUGGGUGUGGGCCCAUGACCUGGGGUGGCAUGACAGGACCAGUGAGGUAGAAGUGGGGCUCUGAGACUGCUCAGAUGGAGUGGGGUAUCUGUGGAAAGGAGGGUGAAGGUCCUGACAGUUCUCUGUUUCUCCAUGCCAGAGAAAGCAGGGUGUGGCUGGCUUUAGGAUUGAAGCUGAUCAGUGAAUUCCCAGGUCGGGGAUCUUGGUGGCUUGGUCAGGGCAAGGGGCAGCAUAGAGCCAUUUGCCAUUGGCACCUCCUUUGGUGGACUUGUUAGCACUAAUGGGUCUUGAAUGCUGCAAUGUAGUGCCACCCACUACAUCUCCCUCUAAGGACCAAGAUUCCCACACCUGGAGCCAAGGCCAGGUUAAGGGGCUCUGCUCUUGUCAGUAGCCUGAGCUGUAAGGAGAGGAAAGGCAGACCACUUCUUGGGAAUGAGCAGUGGCUAAAUUCAGCCUUUCAGCUGGGCUCUGCCCCUCCCUCUGCUCCCCCUCGGUUCCAGGCCUGGCUGCCUGUGGUCUCAGCAGGCACCACCUUCUGAGCCAGCGCUUGCCUGCCUGCCUGCCUGCCUGCCUCUCGCUGGCCAGUCCCACCUUCUACUUCCCCUCCCCCAGGGGCGCUUAGUUCGGGGCCUCAACUAGGGCAGUGAGUGAGUGGGGCUGGGUUGGCUGGGUGCUUGCUCCCUGGGGAACCAAGGUGGGUGGGCAGUGGGCAGGCAGCAGGAGGGCCUGGUGCCAGGGCAGAGCCUCCGGGAAGGUGCAGGCUGGGGUCCGUGUGCAGUCUUGGGGAGGGUCCACAUCCCCUUUCAGCAGCCCCAUUACCUCUGACGAGGAAUACCUGAGUCCUCCAGAGGAGUUCCCAGAGCCUGGGGAGGCCUGGCCCCGAGCCCCCACCAUGAACCUCAGUCCCAGCCAGGAUCGCCGUUCUUCUGACACUGGCUGCAAGGCGCCUCCCACCUUCAAGGUCUCACUCAUGGACCAGUCAGUAAGAGAAGGCCAAGAUGUCAUCAUGAGCAUCCGUGUGCAGGGGGAGCCCAAGCCUGUGGUCUCCUGGCUGAGAAACCGCCAGCCUGUGCGCCCGGACCAGAGGCGCUUUGCAGAGGAAGCCGAGGGAGGGCUGUGCCAGCUGCGGAUCCUGGCUGCUGAGCGGGGAGAUGCUGGCUUCUACACCUGCAAGGCAGUCAAUGAGUAUGGCGCUCGGCAGUGUGAGGCCCGCCUGGAGGUCCGAGCACACCCUGAAAGCCGGUCACUGGCCGUGCUGGCCCCCCUGCAGGACGUGGACGUGGGGGCCGGGGAGAUGGCGCUGUUUGAGUGCCUGGUGGCGGGUCCCGCAGACGUGGAGGUGGACUGGCUGUGCCGUGGCCGACUGUUGCAGCCUGCACUACUCAAAUGCAAGAUGCAUUUCGAUGGCCGCAAAUGCAAGCUGCUGCUCACCUCUGUGCAUGAGGACGACAGUGGUGUCUACACCUGCAAGCUCAGCACAGCCAAAGAUGAACUGACCUGCAGUGCCCGGCUGACUGUGCGGCCCUCCCUGGCACCCCUGUUCACCCGGUUGCUGGAAGACGCGGAGGUGCUAGAGGGCCGCGCUGCCCGCUUCGACUGUAAGAUCAGCGGCACUCCACCGCCCUCCGUCACCUGGACUCAUUUUGGCCGCCCCAUAGAGGAGAGCGAGAACUUGCGACUUCGGCAAGAUGGGGGUUUGCACUCACUGCACAUUGCCCACGUGGGCAGUGAGGAUGAGGGGCUCUAUGCAGUCAGUGCUGCCAACACCCAUGGCCAGGCCCACUGCUCUGCUCAGCUCUACGUGGAGGAGCCUCGGACAGCUGCCUCAGGCCCCAGUUCAAAGCUGGAGAAGAUGCCGUCCAUCCCUGAGGAGCCAGAGCAGGGAGAGCUGGAGCGGCUGUCCAUUCCUGAUUUCCUGCGACCACUGCAGGACCUGGAGGUGGGACUGGCCAAGGAAGCCAUGUUGGAGUGCCAGGUGACAGGCCUGCCCUACCCCACCAUCAGCUGGUUCCACAACGGCCAUCGCAUCCAGAGCAGCGAUGACCGGCGCAUGACACAGUACAGGGAUGUACAUCGCCUGGUGUUCCCUGCUGUGGGACCUCAGCAUGCUGGUGUCUACAAGAGUGUCAUUGCCAAUAAGCUGGGAAAAGCUGCCUGCUAUGCCCACCUUUAUGUCACAGAUGUGGUUCCAGGACCUCCAGAUGGCGCUCCACAGGUGGUGGCUGUAACAGGGAGGAUGGUCACGCUCACAUGGAACCCCCCCAGGAAUCUGGAUAUGGCCAUUGACCCGGACUCCCUGAUGUACACUGUACAGCACCAGGUGCUGGGCUCUGAUCAGUGGACAGCACUGGCCACAGGCCUGCGAGAGCCUGAGUGGGCAGCCACUGGGCUGCGAAAGGGACUCCAGCAUGUCUUCAGGGUCCUCAGCACCAGUGGCAAGAGCAGCAGCAAGCCCUCAGCCCCUUCGGAGCCUGUGCAGCUGCUGGAGCGUGGCCCACCACUGGAAGAGGCCCCUGCCGUGCUGGACAAACCAGACAUUGUAUAUGUGGUAGAGGGACAGCCUGCUCGUGUUACUGUCACCUUCAAUCAUGUGGAGGCCCAGGUUGUCUGGAGGAGUUGCCGAGGGGCCCUCCUAGAGGCACGAGCAGGUGUGUAUGAGCUGAGCCAGCCAGAUGACAACCAGUACUGUCUUCGGAUCUGCCGGGUGAGCCGCCGGGAUGUGGGGUCCCUCACCUGUACUGCUCGCAACCGCCACGGCACACAGGCAUGCUCAGUCACCCUGGAACUGGCAGAGGCCCCUCGGUUUGAGUCCAUCAUGGAGGAUGUAGAGGUGGGGGCUGGAGAAACCGCUCGCUUUGCUGUGGUGGUUGAGGGGAAACCACUGCCAGACAUCAUGUGGUAUAAGGAUGAAGUACUGCUGACCGAGAGUCACCACAUGAGCUUCGUGUAUGAGGAGAAUGAGUGCGCCCUGGUGGUGCUGAGCACUGGGGUUCCGGAUGGAGGAGUCUACACCUGCACUGCCCGGAACUUGGCGGGUGAAGUCUCCUGCAAAGCAGAGUUGGCUGUGCAAUCAGCCCAGACAGCUAUGGAGGUUGAGGGGGCCGGGGAGAACGAGGAGCAUCGAGGAAGGAGACUCAGCGACUUUUAUGACAUCCACCAGGAGAUCGGCAGGGGUGCCUUCUCCUACUUGCGCCGUGUGGUGGAGCGUAGCUCUGGCCUGGAGUUUGCAGCCAAGUUCAUCCCCAGCCAGGCCAAGCCCAAAGCAUCAGCAAGGCGUGAGGCCCGGUUGCUGGCCCGGCUUCAGCAUGACUGUGUCCUCUACUUCCAUGAGGCCUUUGAGAGACGCCGGGGACUGGUCAUUGUCACCGAGCUCUGCACAGAAGAGUUGCUGGAACGAAUGGCCAGGAAGCCCACCGUGUGUGAGUCUGAGAUCCGGGCCUAUAUGCGGCAAGUGCUAGAGGGAAUAUGCUACCUGCAUCAGAGCCAUGUACUGCACCUCGAUGUCAAGCCUGAGAACCUGCUGGUAUGGGAUGGUGCAGGAGGUGAAGAGCUAGUGCGUAUCUGUGACUUUGGGAAUGCCCAGGAGCUGACCCCAGGGGAGCCCCAGUAUUGCCAGUAUGGCACACCUGAGUUUGUGGCACCAGAGAUUGUCAACCAGAGUCCUGUGUCUGGAGUCACUGACAUAUGGCCUGUGGGCGUUGUUGCCUUUCUCUGUUUGACGGGCAUCUCCCCAUUUGUUGGAGAAAACGAUCGUACUACGUUGAUGAACAUCCGAAACUACAAUGUAGCCUUUGAGGAGACCACGUUCCUGAGCCUGAGCAGGGAGGCUCGGGGCUUUCUCAUCAAAGUGCUGGUGCAGGACCGGCUGAGACCUACAGCAGAGGAGACCCUAGAACAUCCUUGGUUCAAAACACAAGCAAAGGGCGCAGAGGUGAGCACAGAUCACCUGAAGCUCUUCCUGUCCAGGAGGAGAUGGCAGCGCUCCCAGAUCAGCUACAAGUGCCACUUGGUGCUGCGCCCCAUCCCUGAGCUGCUGCGGGCACCCCCAGAGCGGGUGUGGGUGGCCAUGCCCAGAAGACCACCUGCGAGCGGCGGCCUCUCAUCCUCCUCAGACUCUGAAGAGGAAGAGCUGGAGGAGCUGCCCUCCGUGCCUCGCCCCCUGCAGCCCGAGUUCUCUGGCUCUCGGGUGUCCCUCACCGACAUUCCCACCGAAGAUGAGGCCCUGGGGACCCUGGAGGCUGGGGCUGCCACCUCCAUGGAUUGGCAAGAGCAGGGAAGGGCUCCCUCUGAGGACCAGGAGGCCCCCAGCCCUCAGGCCCUCCCCUCUCCAGGCCAGGAGCCCCCAGCUGGGCCCAGUCCCCGGCGGGGAGAGCUCCGCAGGGGCAGCUCCGCUGAGAGCGCCCUGCCCCGGGCCGGGCCGCGGGAGCCGGGCCGGGGCCUGCACAAGGCGGCGUCUGUGGAGCUGCCGCAGCGCAGAAGUCCCAGCCCGGGGGCCACACGCCUGGCCCGGGGAGGCCUGGGUGAGGGCGAGUACGCCCAGAGGCUGCAGGCCCUGCGCCAGCGGCUGCUGCGGGGAGGAGCGGAGGAUGGAAAGGUUAGCGGCCUCAGAGGUCCCCUGCUGGAGAGCCUGGGGGGCCGUGCGCGGGACCCCCGGAUGGCGCGAGCCGCCUCCAGCGAGGCAGCGCCGCACCACCAGCCCCCUCCCGAGACGCGGGGCCUGCAAAAGAGCAGCAGCUUCUCGCAGGGGGAAGCGGAGCCACGGGGGCGGCACCGCCGCGCCGGGGCACCCCUAGAGAUCCCAGUAGCCAGGCUUGGGGCCCGCAGGCUACAGGAGUCUCCUUCCCUGUCUGCCCUCAGCGAGGCCCAGCCGCCCAGUCCUGCGCGGCUCAGCGCUCCCAAACCCAGUAUCCCCAAGCCUGCGGAACCUCGCGCCGUCAAACCCAGUGACUCUCCCCAGUCCUCGGCACCCCAGCCUGCCCCAGAGAAGGCCCUGGAAUCCACGGCAGAACCCGUUCAAGCCUCCAAGGCCGCACAGUCCCCCGUGGCCCUGCCAACCCCAGUGCUGCCCCUCACGCCCUAUGCCCAGAUCAUGCAGUCGCUCCAGCUGUCGGGCUCUGCCCAGCCCCCGCAGGGCUCCACGUUGCUUCCAUCAGAGCCCAAGCCCCACGCGGCUGUGUUCGCCAGGGUAGCCUCCCCACCUCCAGGAGCUCCAGAGAAGCGCGUGCCUUCAGCCAGGGCUCCCCCAGGGCUUGCCGAGAAAGUCCGGGUCCCCACGGUGCCCCCCAGGCCAGGCAGCAGUCUCGGUGGCAGCAUCGAGAACCUGGAGUCAGAGGCCGUGUUCGAGGCUAAGUUCAAGCGCAGCCGCGAAUCGCCCCUCUCGCGGGGGCUUCGGCUGCUGAGCCGCUCCCGUUCGGAGGAGCGCGGCCCUUUCCGCGGGGCGGAAGAGGAGGACGGCAUAUAUCGGCCCAGCCCGGCGGGAACCCCACUGGAGCUAGUUCGACGGCCCGAGCGCUCGCGCUCCGUGCAGGACCUCAGGGCUGUCGGGGAGCCUGGCCUAGUCCGCCGCCUCUCGCUGUCGCUGUCCCAGAGGCUGCGGCGGACCCCGCCUGCGCAGCGCCACCCGGCCUGGGAGGCCCGUGGUGGAGAUGGGGAGAGCUCAGAGGGCGGUAGCUCGGCCCGGGGCUCCCCCGUGCUGGCGGUGCGCAGGAGGCUCAGCUCCACGCUGGAGCGGCUUUCGAGCCGGUUGCAGCGGAGCGGCAGCAGCGAGGACUCGGGGGGCGCCUCAGGUCGCAGCACGCCGUUGUUCGGAAAGCUGCGCAGGGCCACAUCGGAGGGCGAGAGUCUGCGACGCCUCGGCCUGCCGCACAACCAGCUGGCCUCUCAGGCCGGUGCCGCCACGCCUUCUGCCGAGUCUCUGGGUUCCGAGGCUAGCGCCACGUCGGGCUCUUCAGCUCCAGGCGAGAGCCGAAGUCGGCAUCGCUGGGGCCUCUCCCGACUGCGGAAGGACAAGAGCAAGGGCUUGUCGCAACCAAACCUCUCUGCCAGUGUCCAAGAGGACUUGGGUCACCAGUAUGUGCCCAGUGAGUCAGACUUCCCCCCAGUCUUCCAUAUCAAACUCAAGGACCAGGUGCUGCUGGAGGGGGAGGCAGCCACUCUGCUCUGCCUGCCAGCAGCCUGCCCUGCACCCCGCAUCUCCUGGAUGAAAGACAAGCAAACCCUGCGGUCAGAGCCCUCGGUGGUCAUCGUGUCCUGUAAAGAUGGGCGGCAGCUGCUGAGCAUUCCCCGGGUGGGCAAGCGGCAUGCUGGACUCUACGAGUGCUCCGCCACCAAUGUCCUAGGCAGCAUCAUCAGUUCCUGUACCGUGGCUGUAGCCCGCAUCCCAGGGAAGCUAGUACCCCCAGAGGUGCCCCAGACCUACCAGGAUACAGCACUGGUGCUGUGGAAGCCAGGGGACAGCCGAGCACCUUGCACAUACACACUGGAGCGGCGGGUAGAUGGUGAGUCUGUCUGGCACCCAGUUAGUUCAGGGAUCCCUGACUGUUACUACAAUGUGACGCACCUACCCAUUGGCGUGACUGUGAGGUUCCGUGUGGCUUGUGCCAAUCGUGCUGGGCAGGGACCCUUUAGCAACCCUUCGGAGAAGGUCUUCAUCAGGGUCACUGAAGAUUCUUCCACUCGGCCAUCUGCUACUCACCAAGACACCCCUGUUACCUCAGGGCCAACCAGGGCCCCACCUCCUGACUCUCCUACCUCACUGGCCCCAAUCCCAGCUCCUGCUUCCCCAACCUCCCAGGCAGCCUCUCUCAGCCCCUUAUCUCCUCCCCCAGCCCCCAGCCAGGCUUUGACUUCCCUCAAGGCCAUGGGUCCACCACCCCAAACUCCCCCACGAAAGCACAGGGGCCUGCAGGCCACCCAGCAAGCAGAGCCUACCCCACCCAGAACAGAGGUCACCCCAAGUGAGCCCAAGUCUUUUGUCCCUGACACUGGGGCUUCAACCCCAGCCCCCGCCCCUCAAGAGGUUAAACCAGCAUCCUCCCCUACUCCCCUGUAUAUGGUGACUUCCUUUGUGUCUGCACCCCCAGCCCCUGAGCCCCCUGCCCCCGAGCCUCCUCCCAAGCCCACCAAGGUGACUGUGCAGAGCCUCAGCCCACCCAAGAGAGUGGCCAGCUCCCCCGCUCCCAAGGGUACUGCUCUGCGGCAGGGCCUCCCUCAGAAACCUUAUACUUUCCUGGAGGAGAAGGCCAGGGGCCGCUUUGGUGUUGUGCGAACAUGCCGAGAGAAUGCCACAGGCCGAACGUUCAUGGCCAAGAUUGUGCCGUAUGCCGCUGAGGGCAAGCGGCAAGUCCUGCAGGAGUAUGAAGUGCUGCGGACACUGCACCACGAGCGGCUCAUGUCCCUGCAUGAGGCCUACAUCACUCCUCGGUACCUCGUGCUCAUUGCUGAGAGCUGCGGCAACCGGGAACUCCUCUGUGGGCUCAGUGACAGAUUCCGGUAUUCAGAAGAUGAUGUGGCUACCUAUGUGGUGCAGUUGCUGCAAGGCCUGGACUACCUCCAUGGUCGUCACAUCCUGCACCUGGACAUCAAGCCCGACAACCUGCUGCUGGCCCCUGACAACGCCCUCAAGAUCGUGGACUUUGGCAGUGCCCAGCCUUACAAUCCCCAGGCCCUGCGGCCCCUUGGCCACCGCACGGGCACGCUGGAGUUCAUGGCUCCCGAGAUGGUGAAGGGCGAACCUAUUGGCUCUGCCACGGACAUCUGGGGAGCAGGUGUUCUCACCUACAUAAUGCUUAGCGGACACUCCCCAUUCUAUGAGCCAGAACCCCAAGAAACAGAGGCUCGGAUUGUGGGAGGCCGCUUCGAUGCCUUCCAGCUGUACCCCAACACAUCACAGAGCGCCACCCUCUUCUUGCGAAAGGUCCUCUCAGUACAUCCCUGGAGCCGGCCCUCCCUGCAGGACUGCCUGGCCCACCCAUGGCUGCAGGAUGCCUACUUGAUGAAGCUGCGCCGCCAGACGCUCACCUUCACCACCAACCGGCUCAAGGAGUUCCUGGGAGAGCAGAGGCGCCGCAGGGCCGAGGCUGCCACCCGCCACAAGGUGCUGCUCCGCUCCUAUCCCGGCAGCCCUUAGCAGUGUGGACCACAGCCCGGCUGCACGCUUCAACUCGGGGUCCCACUGAUGCACCCGAGGUACAUUCCAGGGCCCACGCUGAGCCAGGUGGGCCUGGGGCUUCAGUUACCACCAGCAGCAACAUCUGGCCGGGCUAUUACCUUACCUCACGGACCUGAGGGGAUGAGGCAGGCCCUGGGCUUCAGUCUGAUGCCACCCUGGCCAGAGGAAGAGACCCAUUGGCUAGGCUGUGCAGGAGUGGGAACAGGAAGAGAGGCAAGAAGGAAAUGGGGAAGUGAAGAAGAAAAGAUGUGAAGGGAUAAAAUAGGGAGGGAGAGAUUUGGUGAAGGUUCUGGGGGUGGGGGCAUGGUGCAUCUCAGGGAGAACCCAGGAUUAGUGGCUGCAGAGGAGGAAGAAGGAGCCCAGGGUGUCAGGACAGUGGGCUAGCGGUGAGUGUCCGAGCGGCAGAGACAGGACAAUGAGACAGUGCCAGAGAGCCAGAGCCAGGACUUGAGAGAGGGCAGUGAGGUGGGGAGGAGAGAAGAGCAGGCCCAGGGGAGGUGGGGAGGGCCAGCAGCUGCAUCCCUAGAAGGAGAAUGGAGAAAGACCAAGAGCUUCAGGCGAAUGGCCACUCAAGCUGGAUCUCUCCUGUCCCAGUGGAUGCAACUCUGGGCACUCUAUGCCAGCCUAGGGGUGUACCCACCACUCACUCCUCCACGGCCUUUGCCCUUCUUCCUAUUCAUAUUUAUUUAUUUAUUGACUUUUAUGAAGUUUCCCCUUCCAUCUAAUCUUUGUUGCCCAUGUUGUCCUGACUAUCCCCCCAGCCAUCCAGCUGUUUGUGCAGCUGUCUGUCACAAGAAAAAUAAAAAUGGGCAAGC